UAGGUUCGUCAGUUUUCGGCAUGGUCGGUAACGGUCGGUGUGUUCAAAUCUUCGGAGCUACUUCUGGCCUUGAUACUGAACUAAGAAAGGAACUGAAGAAAGAGGGAAACAAAAAACAGAGGACGAGAGAAGGAGCCUGACAACGGAAUGACGGUGCUGCAGGAACCUGUUCAGGCUGCUGUUUGGCAUGCACUAAACCACUAUGCCUAUCGAGACGCAGUGUUCCUGGCGGAGAGACUCUACGCUGAAGUGCAUUCAGAGGAGGCGCUUUUUCUAUUAGCCACAUGCUACUAUCGUUCGGGAAAGGCCUACAAGGCAUAUCGCCUUCUGAAGGGGCACAGCUGCACAACGCCACAAUGCAAAUACCUCCUCUCUAAGUGCUGCGUGGAGCUGAACAAGCUUGCAGAGGGUGAGCAGAUUCUGACGGGAGGGGUCCUGAAUAAACAGAAGAGUCAGGAGGACAUUGUCACAGAGUUUGGAGACUCUGCCUGUUUCACAUUGUCCCUGCUGGGCCAGAUCUACUGUAAAACAGAUCGUCUGGUCAAAGGUUCAGAAUGUUAUCAGAAGAGCCUGAGUUUAAACCCUUUCCUGUGGUCACCCUUUGAGUCACUCUGUCAGAUCGGUGAGCGGCCGGACCCGGAGCAGAUCUUCAGACUGACGGCCCUGCAGUGCUUUAACAGCGGGAGCGUAGCGCCUCCCCAGCUCCCUGUUAGCCCUGCACACACGCCAAGCCACAACAUGCCCCACCGUCCGGUGGACACAGUGCUCAUGGAGACUCCCCAGGACACCUUAGAAUUAAACCGGUUGAACCUGGAGUCGUCCAACUCCAAGUACUCGUCCCUGAACACUGACUCCACCAUGUCUUACAUCGACUCGUCCGUCAUCUCCCCGGAUGCUGUUGGGCCUCUGGGGACAAGCGGAUCCCUGCUAGCCAAACAGGCGCAGAACAAACCCAAGAGUGGGCGUAGUCUACUCGGGGGACCGACAUCUCUCAGCCCCCUCACACCCAGUUUUGGCAUCUUACCCCUGGAGCCCAGCCCGGGAGACCCGUCGUAUCUGCAGAACUACAGUCACAGCGGCUCGGGGAUGGAGCCCCCCCCACCCGGAGUCCCACCAAAGAAGUCUGUGGCGAGAAUCAGUCAGGCGGGGACCAAGUCGGUGUUUGCACAGAGCGGCAACAGCCGGGAAGUCGUUCCCAUCCCCUUCAACCAGACCCAGACCACUGCCCCCCCACAGACCAGUACUACGCCUCAAGUGCUGAGCCCCACGAUCGCUGCCCCCCCCAACGUGCAGCCCCGGCGGAGCUCCCGACUCUUCACCAGUGCCAGUUCUACUGCCAAGGAGAACAGCAAGAAGCUGAAAAUGAAGUUCCCCACCAAAAUCCCCAACCGGAAGACCAAAUCAAAAACGGGCAAGGGGGGCAUCACCCCGUCCAACCUGAACGAGAGCAUAGACAUCCUGAAGCUGGACUCGUCCAUGGCGGACGGGAAAGGAGGCGUUGGUUCUCCCCAGUUCCAGGCCUUCAGUCUCCAAAAGGCAGCUGCAGACGGCCUGAUGACACUGAUGAGAGACAUUGGCCGCGGCUUCCUGGCCCUCUGUUCCUACAACUGUAAAGAAGCCAUCAGCAUCCUCAGCCAGUUGCCCUCGCAUCACUACAACACGGGCUGGGUCCUGGGGCAGAUCGGCAGGGCCCACUUUGAGCUGGCCGAGUACAUGCAGGCGGAGAGGAUCUUCUCGGAGGUGCGGCGCAUUGAGAGCUACCGGGUGGAGGGCAUGGAGAUCUACUCCACCACCCUGUGGCACCUGCAGAAAGACGUGGCCCUGUCGGCCCUGUCCAAAGACCUCACGGACAUGGACAAGAACUCACCCGAGGCGUGGUGCGUGGCCGGUAACUGUUUCAGUCUGCAGAGGGAGCACGACAUAGCCAUCAAGUUCUUCCAGCGGGCCAUCCAGGUGGACCCGGGCUUUGCCUACGCCUACACCCUUCUGGGUCAUGAGUUUGUUCUGACCGAGGAGCUGGAGAAGGCCCUGGCCUGCUUCCGGAACGCCAUCCGGGUCAACACACGCCACUACAACGCCUGGUAUGGCUUGGGGAUGAUCUACUACAAGCAGGAGAAGUUCAACCUGGCAGAGAUUCACUUCAAGAAGGCUCUUAGUAUCAACCCUCAGAGCUCUGUGCUCCUCUGUCACAUUGGAGUGGUUCAGCAUGCACUAAAGAAGUCUGACCAUGCUUUGGAAACCCUGAAUAGAGCAAUCAACAUAGACCCCAAGAACCCUCUAUGCAAAUUCCACAGGGCCUCCAUCCUCUUCGCUAACGAAAAGUACAAGGCGGCUCUACAGGAACUUGAAGAGCUAAAACAAAUAGUGCCCAAAGAGUCCCUGGUUUACUUUUUAAUAGGAAAGGUCUAUAAGAAGCUGGGCCAGACGCAUCUGGCGCUGAUGAACUUCUCCUGGGCCAUGGACCUGGACCCCAAGGGAGCCAACAACCAGAUCAAAGAGGCCAUAGAUAAGAGGUACCUCCCUGAUGACGAGGAGCCAGUCACGGAGGACUACCCCUACGACUCUGCUGAGGUCGAGGAGUCCCAGGAAAGCAGCAUGACCGACGCCGACGACACGCACCUCCAUACUGCCGAGAGUGACGAGGUCCUGUAACCCCCACCCAGACCCCUCCUUUGGACUUUAAAACCAUGCCAACCUGGAGUCGACCCCUCGACUCCAGUGUUAAAAGAGGAUGAAGAAGAUGAAAAAGGAAAACAAACUGCUGCUAAUACAGUACCUCUUGAAUUUCGUUUUUUUUAUCAUCUGCUAUUUCUUCUUGGUUUGUUUUUCUUAUUACAUGCCCCCCGUCCCACCAUCAAUAUCCUUCUCGUCCUGCUCCCAUCAUGCCUUAGUGCUCGCUGGCCUGUCAUUCUUGUUGGGUCUCAGGUGGCGAUGUGUGGAUGUGUUCUGUUCAGUCGUUUGUUAUUUUCCCAGAAUACCUCCUCGGCUCCGCCUCCCCCGAUCAGUUGCUAAGUGCUGAUUUUGAAUGCCCUCGCCCCCCAUCACUGAAAAACAUCACACUUGGUCUACAGCGCUAAUGCCCGUGGAAGAAAAAUAAACAACAAACAUUCAUGGAAAGCCAUCUCUUAAUAUUUAGGUUCAUGUUUUUUUUAUCCUUAUAAUUACAUUUCUUAAUAAACAAUUGUUAGAGUCUAUAGCGCUUUGGUUCCUCUCUCCUGAUUGGUCCAUGAGUAAAUGUAUGGGAGCGAAAUAAGGAGCGAUGUGUCUGGCCGUUCCUUCAGAGUGUUGGGAUGUCCAAGGCGUUCCAACCUUGACUCCAACUGGACAAGUUUCAGUUUAAACAGACGGAAAAUAUCUCAGACUUUAUCUAGCAAUGCCAGAUGUUGUCUCGAUCACAAAUGAAUAAAAGUGACAUUUAACCAUGUUUGUUCUAGACGGUCCUAUUAUUGGCAUGGUAUGAUGUGUGGUUCUUUUUGAGUUGAUUCAUCAUGAAAUACUUUGAAAAACAAGAGUUCAAAAAUUAUAAUGGUCUUUAUCCACUGGGUGCUUGUCACCAACCACCGUAAUUCAUUUUUGGAUGUUUUCUUAAAAGAUGAUUGUCUCUCUUAAGCACAGGUUAAAGUAUUGUUUGGGGGUAUUUAGUAUCAUUUGGAAAGACUAACCAAUUCCUUUUCUGAAACACGAAAAGGCAGGUCACAUUGCUGUACUAGUUUAAACAUUGAGUUUCGAUAUUCGGAUUUAUGUGCGCCCCCUGUAGAAUAAACUAACCCAAACAUUCAAAGUGUGGGGAACUUCACAUCAAUUCUGUAUGUAUACAAUAUCUGUUAUUGAUGUGAUGACCUAUAGAUGGGAAGGGCAGAAGCCUCCAAAUGCCACUGUUGGAAAUAUUGCCUCAUACCAAGGAGUUGAAAUGCCUUUCCUUAAGUGCUGGUGUUUUUUGUCUAUGGCUUAGGUCAGUAAAACUACUUAAACUUAAUCCUCUGCAAAGCCAGAUCAAACUAUUUUGUUUUUAUUUUCCAAGUGCGUGGGUGUCUUAAUUUCAAAUGUGUACUGUCUUAGGGGAUUCUGUCUGUCUGUGUAUAUAUUUUAAGGACAUUGGAAAUUAUAGAAUAAAGUACUAUGAACAAGG